AUGCGUUGGCCAAAAGGAGCCACACAGGGAAGUGUGAUUGCUGGUGGAAACGGUCUAGGAGAACAGUCGAAUCAAUUAAAUUAUACCCUCGGUUUAUCAUUCGAUCGAGACAAUUUUCGAGUACAACUUUCCAUUGUUUUUUUUUUCGUUUGUUGCAGUGUUCCAAUGACUGUGCGUCCAAUCGUGAUCUGUGGUCCCUCCGGUGUGGGCAAGGGUACCCUGCUCAAGUGGCUCUUUGCCGAAUUUCCUGACGACUUUGCCUUUGCUGUCUCCCACACCACCCGCAAACCACGUGAGGGCGAGAUCCAUGGAAAGAGCUACUUCUUCACUGACCGUGAGUCAAUGAUGAAGGAUAUUGAGGCUGGCAAGUUCAUCGAGACUGCCGAGUUUGCAGGCAACCUCUAUGGGACAUCCGUUGCCACCCUGGAGAAUUUGGCCACCCAGGGCAAGAUCUGCUUUCUUGAGAUUGAUACUCAGGGGGCCAAGAGGUUGCGGAACUUUGCUGGCAGCGUCGAGAAGAUCUCCUCACUAAAUGCCCGCUUCCUGUUCGUCCGCCCUGUGUCACAUGAGGUGCUGGAACGGCAGCUCCGUAGUCGUGGGACUGAAAGUGAUGAGAAGAUUCAGGAAAGGCUGGACCUAGCCAAGCUCGAGGUGGAGUUCCUCGAGAAUAACCCUGACUUCUUUGAAAAGGUCCUUGUCAUUGACAACUUUGAAGCUGCGUACUCCGAGCUCAAGGCCUACAUCUCCACCUUCUACCAGCUUCAUUAA